AAGCAAUUGAAGGUCUGUUUUUGUGGUUUCUUUACCAUGUUGUAGCGUUCUUUUAGUAUUUCCUGUUUCCCUUAGAUUGGUUUUAUACAUUUGUGAACUCGAGAUUGCCGAUACAACUAGCGAUUUGAUACCAGUCAAAUGCCGGCUAUGCUUUGGAUUUUAUCAAGUGUGAGCUAGCUUUUCAUUCCUAGUUCCAUUUGGGUUAAGCAUUCAUUAUGCAAUUACGAGCCAUGAUGCUCUUUUGUAGCUAGAUGUAUAUAUAUUUAGAGUUGCUGCUCUGUUCUAUGUGAAUUCAUCUGAUAACUUACGUCCGAAUUUACUAAGGCCGGGAAUGGAAGUUGUGGCUAGGGGGCGGAUGAAGUGUUCAAGUGUUGUGUGUAAUUAUAUUGGAUAUCAUCAUAGCGACUGGCUGAUUUUCGAGCUGAUUCAAUUAUGUGUGCAGGCACAUACAUUGAUAAGAAAUGCCCAUUCACUGGUACGGUUUCCAUCAGAGGCCGAAUCAUCGCCGGUACUUGCCACAGUGCAAAGAUGAUGAGAACAAUCAUUGUCAGGCGCAAUUACCUUCAUUAUGUGAAGAAGUACCAGAGAUAUGAGAAGAGGCACUCCAACAUUCCAGCGCAUGUAUCGCCAUGCUUCCGUGUGAAGGAGGGCGAUCAUGUUACUAUUGGUCAAUGCAGGCCUCUGUCCAAGACUGUGAGGUUCAAUGUCUUGAAAGUGAUUCCUGCUGGUUCUUCUGGUGGCGGCAAGAAAGCUUUCACUGGCAUGUAAUUUCUUAUUUGAAGAGUUUUGAAGGCUUUGCUGGGUAGAGUUAAUGAUUGAAGUUGCAAAUUUUCAUUUUGGUUUAAGUGGUUGAACUGAAUUGUAAUACAGAGACAUCUGUUUGAUGCUAAAGUGAUCGUGAAGUUUUGCCUGUUUUUAUGCUUUGGUGAAUUUUCUUUUUCUCUGCAUCCACCUCUGUUCUGGCCAAGGCUUGCGGACAGUUGAUGUUGGGCUUGUGUUAAGUCCGUAAUAGGGCGCUGUUAUGGUGUUGUAAUCCCAUCGUAGGCCGUGUUCCGCAAACUCGACCAAGGCUGAUGCUCGUAAAAUAGGCAUGGUUCGACUCGCGCUGGGCUAGGUUUCGUUGUUGGGGCUCCAGAACUGAGCCCAGAAUUUAGAUCAAGCAUACCAAGCUAUCUAAGUUGAGAUACGAGCACCGGG